AUGCUUUCUCAACGAAAAAUCCAUCAGGAUUCAAAAAGUUCGGAUGAGACAAAUGAAACAGCGUCUCUUAUAUCUAGUGUGUUUAAAAAUGAUAAAUAUGAUUCGGAUAAUUUGAAAAAAAAUUCUUUACUUUGUAAUUUCGGAGAAUUGCCUGUUUGGCUUCAAGAUAAUUGCGACAUUCUUAAAGGAUAUAGAAGACCAACAUUUUCUUAUUUAAAAUGUGUUGACUCAUUAUUUUAUGUUCAUAACGAAAGUGUUAAUAUCUGGUCUCAUCUGGUUGGAGCAAUAUCAUUUAUAUUUCUGGGAUUGAUAACUUAUAAUUAUGUAUUAUCAUAUCACUCUUCGAUUAUUUGGUGGGAUGUUGCCGUUUUUUAUAUAUUUUUGCUCGGUGCUAUGGUUUGUUUAGGACUUUCUUCUUCCUUUCAUACUUUUUGUUGUCAUUCAGAGAAAAUAUGUGUAGCGCUUGCAAACAAGUUUAGAACACCUGAAUUUAGAUGGUUUCGCACAGGAUUAUUUAUUUUCUUGGGAUUAAGUGGGAUUGUACCUCUAGCUCAUGCCUUAAUAAUUUAUGGGAUUGAACUAUCUGUUAAUGUAAUUUCACUUAAUUGGUUAAUAGUGAUGGGGGUAUUCUAUAUUAUUGGUGCAUUGAUUUAUGGUUCAAGAAUACCCGAAAGAUGGUUUCCCGGAAAAUUUGACAUUUAUGGCUCAUCACAUCAAAUAUUCCAUUUUUUUGUGGUGGCUGCAGCAUUUGUACAUUAUUUUGGUGUUAUACGGGCAAUGAUGUUCUGGCAUGAAAAAAAUCAUAAUUGUGAGCUAGAUGUUUCAAUGUUGAAACCUAGCUUUGCUUUUUGA